AUGAAUAAGAUCCCUCUCCUGAGGGGUGUCGGAUAUCCUGCGGGCUCUCAGGAGUCCCGGAAGAGCGCGGAAUCCAGGCAGAUGCAGGACGGAGGAUCCGCGGGCCUGCUGGCGACGGGUCCGGCGGGCGCGGGGGAGGAGGCCGUCCGCGAGGCCGUGCCGUCGGCGCCUCCGCUCCCCUCCUCCCCGGGAACGCCCGCCCGGACCCGGCCCAGGCUGGUGUUCCACACCCAGCUCGCUCACGGCAGCCACACGGGCACCAUCCACGGCUUCACCAACGUCAAGGAGCUGUACGUCAAGAUUGCAGAGGUGUUUCUCAUCUCGGCGUCAGAGAUCCUGUUCUGUACACUGAACACACAUAAGGCAGACAUGCAGAAACUGCUGGGGGGACAGAUCGGUCUCGAGGACUUCAUCUUCGCCCACGUGAGGGGGGAAACAAAGGAGGUGGAGGUCACCAAGACGGAGGAGGCGCUUGGCCUGACCAUCACAGACAACGGCGCAGGAUAUGCUUUCAUUAAGAGAAUCAAAGAGGGAAGUACCAUUGACAAGCUGAAGACAGUAUGUGUAGGCGACCACAUUGAGGCCAUCAACGAAUGCAGCAUCGUUGGGUGCAGGCACUAUGAGGUGGCCAAGAUGCUGAAGGAGCUGCCCAGAGGAGCACCCUUCACCCUCCGCCUGGUGGAGCCUAAGAAAGCCUUUGAUAUGAUUGGCCAGAGAACGAAGGCACCCAAAUCUGGUGAGGGAAAGAUGACGAGUGGGAGAGAGACCCUCCGCCUUCGAACCACGGGGGCUGCCACUGUACAGGAAGAGCCGGACGAGUUCGAGGAGAGAGCUGUGAAGACAGUGGAUGACCUGCUAGAGAGUUACAUGGGCAUCCGGGACCUGGAGUUGGCGGCCACUAUAGUGGAGGCAGGCAAAGACAAGAAGAACCCAGACGACUUUGCCCAGGCUCUGGAUUCGGUUCUGGGGGACUUUGCCUUCCCAGACGUGCUGUUGCUGGAUGUGUGGAGCGCCAUUGGGGAUGUGAAAAGUGGAUGAGUAGAGGUGACCACAUGCUCUAAAUCAUGGGGGUGGGGCAGGUCUCUAUCACACACAAUGUAUGCAUGUACUGUACAAUACUCUUUAACUUGCAAAAGGGCUUUAAUGGAUUUUCUAGUAGUAGCUUUCAGAAAUUACCUGACAAUCCACACCGGGAGGUCUGCUUCCCUUGGAAAUGAACAACUAACUUAAUUCGUGUUAAGGUCUGUGGUAGCAGUAUUAGUCUGAACAACAAAACAUCUCUAGUUAUCAUGAUGUUUGUAGUCUGAAAAUGCACUUUAUCCACUGCAAGAUAAGGCAUAAUGAUUAAAGAAAUAUGAUUUCCAGGGCUACACAAAUUGGAAAUUUAAGCCUUGGCUCUCGCACACCCGUAAACAAUAUAAAAUUUUCCUUAAAUGAUUUGCUUUCAUGGAACACCUCUGCUUUAUUGAAAUUCCCUGGAUGAUUUUCUGAUUUGCACAGUUAGCUCUGCAGCCCUUUGCUUUAACACCAAAUACCAUUGCUGCUGUAAACCACCAGAAAGAUUAUACAGCCAUGCACACAACCAAACCAAGUAUUCCAAAAGGGUUUAGAGCAUUGAUUUGCAUGUUUGCAUGACUAACAGAGACAAAUAAAAACAGAAUGUUAAUGCUUUAUCCAACCUCUUCUACUGUAUGCCAGUUUUAGAAGAAUGUUUUCCAAUUUGAUAUUCUGCAUAAUGUGUGAUUUUGUCUUUCCUGGAAUUCUUGAGUAUUCCAAUUAAUAUUGGGCUGCAUGUAACAUAGUCACUGAUUUCAGUGUUUUCAUGAGGAUUGCAAUUUAGCCUGUAAAUCUCACUGCUUCUAUGUCUACAAGUGCUAUGCCCUUCACAUUAAUCUGGAAAGUAUUAUUUAUUCCAUUGCUUCACUCAUGCAAUGUGAGAUCUGCAAUCAUUGUUUAAAAAAUACACAAAAGGGAGAAAUGUAACAUUUCAAUUGUUUCUUCAAUUGAAGGGCAAAGCAAAUUAGUGCUAAACAUAAGCUUUAAUUAUAAUUGUAAGCAGCUGGUUAAUUUACAUUGUUGUUGAUGUGGAAUAUGUCCUACAUAUAACCUAUGUAUUUACCCUUAUCCUGUCACUGUUAUUGCAUAUGUUUAUGUGUGCAGGUAAAUACUCCUGUUUGUUUUUUCAGUAAUAUAUUGUGGUUUAUUUUUAUAUAUUGCUAGUCAAAAAGUUAGGUGUUCAGUCAAAUGACAACAUGGUCUGGAUAUGGUACAGAAGAUAGAUGAGAGUUGUACAGGAAUAGCAUUGUUAGUUGUAUAUAUGAGGUGAUUAUACUCUAUAAGAAGAGCUGAAUGUUCAAGACACAUAUUUUCCAAUGCUGCAUUCUGACAAUUGCUAAUAAAUGUUA